GGAGGGGAAGGGAGGGAAGGGAGAGCCCAGAGCGGCCCCGGAGCGAUGAGGAGGAGGCGGCGGCGGGAGCCGCGAGCGGGGCCCGGAGCGGGGCCGGCGCUGCCGCUGCUGCCGCUGCUGCUGCUGCUCCUGCCGGGAGGUGACCGGGGGGCGGCGGCCGAGGAUGACGCAGUGCCGUGCGGGACCCCCGUGCACCGGCGCGUGGUGGGGGGCUCGGGGGCGCAGGAGGGGCAGUGGCCCUGGCAGGUGAGCCUGACCUUCAGGGGCCGCCACGUCUGCGGGGGGGCUCUGAUCGCCCCGGCCUGGGUCCUGACAGCUGCACACUGCUUCCCUCCGUCCCUCCCCCUCCCCGAGUUCCGGGUGACCCUGGGGGUGCUGCAGCUCCUGGCCCCUCCCCCCGACGCGCAGGUGAGGGGCGUGGCCUCGGUCACGCGGCACCCGGCCUAUCGCGACUAUCGCGACAGAGACGGAGGGGGAGGGGGAGGGGGAGGGGACCUGGCGCUGGCCCGGCUCCACCCCCCCGCCCGAACGUCGCGGUUGGUGCGGCCCAUCUGCGUCCCCCCCCCCGGGGAAUGGUUCAGGCCGGGGAUGAACUGCACCGUGACCGGCUGGGGACACGUCAGGACGGCCGUGCCGUUGCCGCCCCCCAAGACGCUGCAGCAGGUGGAGGUGCCUCUGCUGAGUCAGCAACACUGCCAGUGCCUGUACCGGAAACACCUGGGGACACACCUGGGGACACACCUGGGGACACACCUGGGGACACACCUGGACACGCCUGGGACACACCUGGACACGCCCCUCGAGGACAUGGGGUUACCUGCAGAGGACACCGUGUGUGCCGGGUACCCCGAGGGACAGCGCGACGCCUGCCAGGGUGACUCCGGCUCCCCGCUCUGCUGCCGCCUGGGCGGUUCCUGGCACCUGCUGGGCGUGUCCAGCUGGGGCGUGGCCUGCGGGCUGCGGGGUCUCCCAGGUGUGUACGCAGGGGUGGGGCCUCACCUGGGCUGGAUCCGGGGCGUGGUCCCCGAGCUGGCCCCGCCCCCCGCCCCUCCCCCCACCCCUCCCCCCCCGGAGCCCCUGGAGCCGCCCUGGGGAGACCCCUGCGAGGGGGGGGAGGGGCAGGGGGGAAUUUGGGAUGUGACCCCAAAAUAA